UUCCGCUUCUUCCCCACUCCCAUUGUAUACGCUCCUCUAAUCUAAUCUAAUCUAAUCUAACCUGCAUGCUCUGCUCUGGAUUCUUGUCUUCCUCUCCUCCUUCUCUUAUUAUUAUUCCUUUCUUCACCCCCUCACUCGCUCUGCUACCCCCUGCUCUUCUGGAUCUGAAUACAUUGCGCUUCUUCAAUCCUUUGCUUCUACCUCUACCAACAUCUGGAUAAAAGUGUGAAUUUUACAGAUUCGUGAAUGGCGGUGGAAGAUACACAAAAUCCUCUUCAAGGGGAAACCACAUGUGGUACCCUACUGCAGAAACUGCAAGAAAUUUGGGAUGAAGUUGGUGAAAGUGAUGAGGAUCGAGAUAAAAUGCUGCUUCAGAUAGAUCAGGAAUGUUUGGAUGUCUACAAAAGGAAAGUUGAGCUGGCUGAUAAAUCAAGGGCGAAACUUCUGCAGUCUUUAUCAGAUGCAAAGCAUGAGCUCUCCAAUCUUCUAUCUGCUCUUGGAGAAAAAAGUUUUUCUGAAUUUCCUGAGAGUGCUUCUGGAACAAUCAAGGAACAGCUUGCAGCCAUAGCACCCGCUCUUGAACAGCUCUGGAAACAGAAAGAGAAGAGGGUUAAGGAAUUUUUUGAUGUGCAAUCAGAGAUACAGAAGAUAUGUGGAGAGAUCACUGGGAGUUUAAACAUUAGCGAGAAUCCAGUAGUAGAUGAGUCUCAACUUUCUGUGGAAAAGCUUGACGAAUACCAUUGCCAACUUCAAGAGUUGCAGAAAGAAAAGAGUGAAAGGUUGCACAAAGUUCUUGAAUUUGUGAGCACCGUGCAUGAUCUCUGUGCUGUCCUUGGGAUUGAUUUCUUUGGUACUGUAACUGAGGUUCACCCAAGCUUAAACGACGCAACUGGUGUGCAAUCUAAAAGUAUUAGCAAUGAUACUUUAUCCAAGCUAGCAAAGAUGGUCUUAGCACUGAAAGAAGACAAAAAGCAGAGGCUACAUAAGCUUCAAGAAUUGGCAACUCAGCUGAUUGAUCUUUGGAAUUUAAUGGACACCCCCUCGGAAGAAAGAAGUUUAUUUGACCAUGUCACAUGUAACAUAUCAGCAUCAGUAGAUGAAGUGACUGUCCCUGGGGCUCUUGCUCUUGAUUUGAUUGAGCAGGCUGCGGUGGAGGUUGAGAGGCUUGAUCAACUCAAGGCCAGUAGGAUGAAAGAAAUUGCUUUCAAGAAGCAAUCUGAACUUGAAGAGAUAUUUGCUCAUGCUCACAUAGAAAUCGACCCAGAGGCAGCUCGAGAAAAAAUUAUGACCCUGAUUGAUUCGGGUAAUGUUGAGCCUUCUGAAUUGCUGGAUGACAUGGACAAUAAAAUUGCAAAGGCCAAAGAAGAAGUUCUCAGCAGGAAAGAAAUAUUGGACAAGGUUGAAAAAUGGAUGUUAGCAUGUGAAGAAGAGAGCUGGCUGGAAGACUACAAUCGGGAUGAUAACAGGUAUAAUGCUAGCAGAGGGGCUCAUUUGAAUCUCAAACGUGCAGAGAAAGCUAGGAUUCUGGUCAACAAAAUUCCAGCUCUUGUUGACACUUUAAUUGCCAAAACUCGGGCAUGGGAGGAGGAUCGUGGCAUAUCGUUUAUUUACGAUGGUGUUCCUCUUCUUGCUAUGCUUGAUGAAUACACCAUGCUCAGGCAUGAAAGAGAGGAAGAAAAACGACGAUUUAGGGACCAUAAAAAAUUUCAUGAGCAGCAAAGCACAGACCAAGAGAGCAUCACGAAUUCAAGGCCUAGCCCUGCUCGACCUAUCAGUACAAAGAAGGCAGCGGGACCUCGUGCCAAUGGAGCUGUGAACGGAACUCCUAGCAGCAGAAGGUUAUCGCUUAAUCAGAAUGGAUCUAGAUCUAUGAAUAAAGAUGGAAAAAGGGAUGGUAUGAGACCAAUGACACCUGUGAAGUAUGAUGCAAUCUCGAAAGAGGACUCUGGGUCGCACGUUUCAGUUGCUGGUGUAGUGGACACGUUCCACAAAAUAACGGAAGGUUAAUGAUGAGAGUGGGCGGGUGUUCUUUGUAGUUGUGUAUGUUAGAAGAAGAAGUUGGAUGUUUGUGGGUUAAUGUUAGUUAUUUUGUCCUCAAUCUUUUGUACUCUACUGUCCAGAAGUGGGGGCAAUACAGCUCUUUCGUCAGGGCGAGUUCUUUUUGGUUUUUGACUAAUCUACUUCUCAAUUGGACUCUGAUUUUGUGAUC